AUGGCGAAGCCGCUGCUGCAGCUGCAGCCACCUCUGCUGCUGCAUGCACGGCACAGGUCGGGCGUGCGGCUGCCGCUCACACAUGCUGCCGCCGCCCACCCCACCCCUGCCGCUACGCAGUGCCAGGAUGUGCCGACGCUGGUCAGCCUGCUGCGGGCGGGCGUGAGCUGCGCACGGCUCAACCUCAGCUGGGGCACCCGCGAGUACCAUGCCCGCUCCCUGGCCAACCUGGCUGAGGCGAUGAAGCAGACCAAGCGGCUGUGCAGCGUGUUUGUCGACACGGUGGGGCGGGAGGUGACGGUGCGGCGGCCGGUGCAGUUUGACGAGCAUGGCUGGCCCACACAGAAGGGGGAGAAGAAGGUGGAGGUGGAGCAGGACCAGAUCAUCACCAUCACCACCGACCCCACCGCCGAGCCCUCCUCCACCCUCUUCCCCGUCUCCUACCCAGGCUUCCCCGAGAUUGUGGAGGUGGACCACCAGCUCCAGUUUGGCCGCUUCCUGGCCACCGGCGCAGAGGGCGCCUCGCUGUACGUGCUGGAGAAGACGGAGACAACGGUGACCUGCGUGGCGCUCAACUCUGCCGUGCUGGACGGCCUGCUGACGGUCAUGAUCUGCCACACCGAGGACUUUAGCGGCGACUUUGCGCUGCCGCUGCUGACAGAGCACGACGCAGACUGCAUCAAGUACCUGGGCUCCCGCUUCGAGGUCGACUUUGUGAAUCUGUCGUACUGCAACCACGAGGAGGACCUGUACGCCGCCCGCUCCUUCCUCGACUCCCUGGGCAUGCAGUACACCAAGAUCAUUGAGCGGAAGAGCUCUGUGCGCAACUUCGAGGGCAUCGCCAACUCGGCAGACGGCAUCAUCAUCUCGCGGGGCAACCUGGGCCUCGACUUCGAGCCAGAGGCGAGUGCCAUGGCGCUUCUGCAGAAGCGUAUCAUCGCCCGCUGCAACCAGCUGGGCAAGCCGGUGCUGAUCACGCGCGUGGUCGACACGAUGGUGGCAACGCCACGCCCCACGCGCGCGGAGGCUACCGACGUGGCCAACGCCGUGCUGGACGGCGCCGACGGCAUGCUGCUGGGCGCUGAGACGCUGCGCGGCCUGCACCCCCUGGUCACGGCGGAGACGCCAUACGUCUCCGAGUUUGGCAGCCUGAGGCCCAAGAUGGCGGGAUCCAGCAUGCAGCUCAACCGCAUCCUGCUCACCCACGCCCCCUACAUGACCAAGCUGGAGAGCCUGGCCUCCUCGGCCACCAGGGUGGCGGAGAAGAUCAAUGCCGGCCUGAUCAUCGUCAUGGUGCAGAGCGGCAGGACCGUGUCCCUCGUGUCCAAGUACCGCCCCCCCAUGCCCAUCAUGGCUGUGGUGGUGCCCAAGCUCAAGUCCACGCGUCUGGGCUGGCAGCUGGAGGGCAAGUACCUGGCCCGCCAGACCUGCCUGCUGCGCGGUGUGGUGCCGAUGCUGGCGGCGCCCAUGUCUGAGGGCUCAGGUGGGGCAAGGGCUGUCGAGCCUGGCCUGGCCUGGCCUGGCUGCGUAGUGGCCUAG